AAGGACUGAGGGAUUAAGAUAUAGAAGGGAGGAAGAGGAGCAUGACGGCGCUCGAGCAGAAGCGCUGAUGAGAGGGAGGGAGCGAGGUAGGUUUGAUCAGUCUAUGAGCUGCAGACACAUUCUCACUGUACACAGGGGAAAUGGGUCCUCAACUACACUUCAGCAGCACCUACUCAGAGGAGUUCAGUUACCCAGCUCGGGUCAAGCCCACCCGGCCCAGACCGUCCUCCGCAUAUCGCAGGAACAAUCCUCAUCCACGGCCGGACUUCCUGAUGCCAAGAACGCUGCAGACAGGAUACGGCUCACGGAAAUACUUCCAGACAACGACUCCUUCUAGCUCUUUUCUACCUCCAGUCAGACACAUAUCAGUCCAGCAUCCAGAUGUACAGACGGCUCAUGGACAGUCGAUGCAGGGCUCACCACAAAAAGACUCCAAAGCAGCUGCGGUCUCGUCUGCAGUUUGUACACUGCCACCUGCUGCCUGGCUCCUCAAACCACAACCAAACAACUUUGCUCAUGCAACAAUCCCCGUCACACAAGGGAAAUAUUCAGACACAGAUCGCAUUAGAUCAGCUUGGAACCAACAGAUGGACAUCAUGCCAGCUUUAAAAAACUUCAAACACCAGGUUACCCAUCAUCACAGAUCCCGCUCAAAAUCCACUACUGAUUGCAGUGAAGGACACAGCUGUUUCCAUGUGGUGAAGCCAUAUAAAGUUGGACACUACAUCAUCCACCCAGAGUUCGUGUCAGAAGCAAGGCACUUCUAAAAGCCACACUGUUUGCGCAUUUUAUAUCUAUUUUUUUUCUCAUUUAUUGUUAGUUUAAUAAUGUCAUUUUACAAUGUAUUUUUGAGGUACGUUACUUGUUUGGAGCUCCUGCCUUGUUAAAUAUGCUUGGGUGCAGCUUCAUUUUAUUGACUGUGGAACGUAUUUUUGGAUCUAAAUGUGCAUUACAUGACAAAUAAACAAUUUAUGA